GUGAACCUAAGUGGCAUACUUGUGUCGACUGGACAUCUCACGACCCAGUCUUCAAAACUCAAUUCAUCUCACAGUCCCCUUCAUUGGUCAGAUACCCCUCAUCACAGACUACACUCAUCUUGAAGGGAGGGUCCGGGUAUGUGGAAGCAACGGUACCGACCGUGAUCGAGGUUCGAAAGCCGACGGGAAGCUUAUACUGAAGCCGAAGCGCGUCUAUACGACGAGGAAGGAAGGGACCACCAACCACUGAAUCACCAAAGCAAUCAUGUCAGCCCAUCCACCGCCAGGCAAUGGCCCCCCAAGCGCUGGAGCUCCCCCAGGUCAAGCACCACCGCCUCCAGGGCAAAACAUGUCGUCACAAAAUCUCAAUCAAAUUGUAAGCCUCACCUUCACCUCUACUACAUCCCUCAGAUAGGGUCGAAUCGGUUGCGAUGUGGGAAUCUUGUACCAUCCAGAGUGAGAGUGAGAGGGUGAGGGAAAAGGUUCGUCACGCUUGAAGGAACUUGACGCGCAAUCUGUGUAGUAAACAGUUGCUCUGUCUAUGGAAUUUGCCCCCUCAAAAUCUCAUAUCACCAGUUUGGUCAUGGUUCAAAUCUCACUUGACACAAUUGCGCCGUUCAAGUUCUCGAAUUCCCCAAAACAGUCGUUUGGUGACCUUUGAGUGUUUCUUUUCUCUAUAUUCUCUCUUGAUCAGAAGGAGUAUCAGAAAGCUACACUCAUAGCAGCCACUCCUCUUUGUCAAAUUGCUGCAAUGCGCAGCAGAAAAAAUGAGGAUAAGCGAGCUAGCUCUCCGCUUUCAUCUUCACCCCUUUUAUGUGGGUCUCAAGACUUUGGCGAGUGAAUAUACAAAACGUCCUCUUAUAAUUCCCGCCAUCAUACCCAAAAUCCCCUUUACCUUGAACAACACUCCCAACCCUGCUGAUAUCUUGCUCUCCAAAAACUCCCAACAAGAUGCCGCCUCCACAACCAUCUGAAGGUUCCCAGAGAAUAAGAGAGUCAACGAGUACUAAAAAUGUUCGCCAGGUUAUUGAAUACCUUCUCAAAAAGGGUUACAACAAGACGGAGCAAACGCUACGACAAGAGUCCAUGUUAACCGACCGGGAUGGGCGACAGUUGACGGAAAAGGUGGAGGAAGUAGCAGGCGAGCAAAAGUACAGAAAGGGGUUCCAGCUUCUGGUCGGUUGGAUUGACACCAACCUUGAUAUUUACAAGGUAUUGUUUCAUCUUCACUCAUAUUGUCUCUUCAUACUAAAGCUUUGAUGAUAGCGCGAUCUCCAGAAACUCUUGUGGCCAAUGUUUGUCUACUCAUACCUAGACAUGGUAGUUCAUGGAUAUACUACAGACGCAGAAACAUUUUUACGACAGUUUCGUCAGCGUUUUGAGGACCUGCACCAUGAUGACCUCCAGACUUUUCAAACCAUCAAACUAGCAGCCCACGUCAAGGAAAACUCAGUUGCAAAACUCUACCGUGAAACCAAAUAUCGUCUUCGACUCACUUCUGAGGUUUACUAUCUUCUCAUCACGUUCCUUGAGACAAACAACAAGUUGGGAGGCGCUGUUAUUCUGUACCUUCUUUCUUCAUAUUGCCAGGUUCUAGAAACUGCCCGAGGACCCUUGGACCAGUACAGUUUCGAGGCUAUUGCCAAUCGUUCUACAGGUCCGAAUGCCGAAGAUACAGAUCUGCAGGAAGGAAUAGAAGGCACUUUUACUGGUGUCACCAAUAAAGAUAUCAUGGACAAUGCGGCUGCUCUCAAAUUAGGCAUGGUAGCGAUGGAGUCUGAUCUUGCGGGAGAUGUUCGAGCUGAGUUAGAAGAUGAGGAUAGACUCAACCCAGCCCCAGAAGGAAUGCCAUCAUAUGUUGAUGUUUUUGAUCAGCGAAUCAAGCGGGAGGAUAGUCCCGAUGGCCCGGCUCGUAACGAUAUACCUUACCCACCAUCACGGGCCCGAGACGUCGCCCUCGAGGUUCAGAAGAUUAAGGAAUUCCGCGACAGAUUUAAGAUUGAUAGCCGCAGUGGAGGGAUCGGUGCAGGAAUUAGUAUUUGUACCUGGACCUUCCACAACGCUCUGGACUCGUAAGUUGUUCUUUGUUCCGUUUGAAGUCUCUUCCUAAUAUGACCACUAGUAUUAUUUGUGUCGAAUUCUCAGACGACAAUCAGCUUGUUGCCGUGGGUACUCAGGAGUCUUACAUCCGUAUCUGGACCUUGGGUGGUGAACCUCUUAGGUCUGCCGUCAAGUCUGGCCCAAAUGAAGGACCACCAACCAGCUCUCGUCGUCUUAUUGGUCAUGCUGGCCCAGUCUAUGGUAUUUCAUUUUCUCCAGGUAUUGAAAGUGCGGGUCAUCAAGACGACAAGCAGGUUUGUACAAAACCGAGAUAUCUGCUAUCAUCCUCAGCCGAUGCAGCUGUUCGCCUUUGGUGUCUUGAAACGUUUGCCUGUUUGGUAGUUUACAAAGGCCACGAUGGACCAGUCUACAAUGUUCGAUGGGGACCUUUCGGUCAUUACUUCCUUACUGGCGGUCGUGACAGAACAGCCAGAAUAUGGGCACAAGAUCAAAUAUCCUGUCUCCGACUUCUAGUCGGGGCGGAUACACCAGUAACCCAGAUAGCUUGGCAUCCAAACGGCGCCUACGUAUUUUCAGCCAGUGAUCACGUUGAUAAAUCGAUUCGCAUGUGGUCAUUUGUGACUGGAGAGUGCGUACGUGUCUUUACUGGUCAUACCGAAUUCAUCUCUACACUUGAGUGCAGCAAUGACGGGAAGAUACUUGCGUCAGCAGAUGGUGAUGGAAAUAUCAUUUUAUGGGAUAUUAACAAGGGAGCACAGAUCAAACGUUGCAGAGGACAUGGUAAAGGUGGUAUCUGGUCCCUUUCCUUCAGCGCCGACUCCAACUGUCUCAUGUCGGGAGGAGCUGAUGGCACUGUUCGUACUUGGGAGGUCGAAGUUCCAGUGGACCCUUAUAAAGAUGGUGAGAUUGUUGGUGCUGGUGGCCAAGUAGAUGCCACUCGCAUCAAUGCCGGUCCUGCCACUGCUUCUCAGCCAACUGCUGCUUCAGGUGCGGGUGGCAAGAAGAAGGGCAAGGAGACAAUGAUAACAUCGGAUCAAAUCGCCGCCUAUCCAACCAAGAAGUCUCCGGUUUUCAAGGUCAAGUUCAAUCGGAUGAAUUGUGGUAUCGUAGGCGCAGUUUAUCAGCCAUAGUGAAAAUGGAGUUUCCGAUGCGAGGGAUGGUGGUAUUUAUAUUCACUUCAUCAGCUUGGCGUUGAGGUGCAUUGGUAAAUGGAACGGAACUAUCGUGUAACUUGUAGCCAUAUAAAACGAUCCCCCUUUUGACUUC